UAUAUGAAAAAGAAGCAAAUAGCAGGGAGAUGAAGGAAGGGUAAACUGGGAACCUCAAAUUUAUAUCUAUCUAUCUUCUUCCUUCAUCUCCAUUGCGCAGUGAAAAAAAAAAAAAAAAUUAAGAGCAGCAAUUAAACGCGAAGCAAGAACGAAAAACAAGUGGCAUCCGUUCAACGACAGUUGACCUAAAUACCAAAAUCAUUCUCAAAACCAUAACAGGCCAACAUGGAGAGAGUUUUUUAGAGAGAGAGAGAGAGAGAGAAUUCGCCGUCUUCGCGCACAAAGAGGUAAAGGCGGGAGAGAGGGAUAAAUUGGGAAAUGGGUAAUUCAUUUGGCUGCUCAGCUUCGGGUGAGCGAUUGGUAUCGGCGGCGAGAGACGGGGACUUUGUGGAGGCAAAGAUGCUCUUGGAUUGCAACCCGUGUCUUGCUAAGUAUUCCACGUUCGGUGGUCUCAACUCUCCUCUCCAUUUCGCUGCAGCCAAAGGCCACAAUGAGAUUGUUGGGUUGUUGCUUGAGAAUGGAGCCGAUGUGAAUUCCAGGAAUUACUGUGGCCAGACGGCAUUGAUGCAAGCUUGUCGCUAUGGGCAUUGGGAGGUUGUGCAAACUCUUCUGCUCUUCAGAUGCAAUGUCACAAGAGCUGAUUAUCUCAGUGGGAGGACAGCUCUUCAUUUUGCAGCUUUAAAUGGGCAUGCUAGAUGCAUAAGAUUAGUUGUGGCUGACUUUGUUCCUAGUGCUCCUUUUCAAGGUCUAACUACUCAGAUAGAAGCUGACAGUGGGAAUGGUGAUAGCGUGAGAACAAAAAAUGACCAAAGUGCACUGUCCAAGUUUGUAAAUAAAGCCGCUGAUGGUGGGAUAACUGCUCUUCAUAUGGUUGCACUGAAUGGGUAUUUUGAUUGCGUACAGCUCUUACUAGAUCUUCAGGCAAAUGUCUCUGCUGUGACAUUUCAUUAUGGAACAUCAAUGGAUUUGAUAGGGGCUGGAAGUACUCCUUUGCAUUAUGCUGCUUGUGGUGGGAAUUUGAAAUGCUGCCAGAUUCUCCUUGCAAGAGGUGCAAGUCGGAUGACUUUGAAUUGCAAUGGGUGGCUGCCUCUUGAUGUUGCCAGGAUGUGGGGGCGUCAUUGGCUUGAACAGUUGCUGGCACCUAAUUCUGAUUCCGUCAUACCACGAUUUCCUCCUUCCAGUUACCUAUCUCUACCUCUUCUGAGCGUACUUAACAUAGCAAGAGAGUCAGGCUUGCAGUCCUCAGUGACCUCAGAUGAUGCUGAUAUCUGUGCUGUCUGCCUGGAGAGAGCGUGUAGUGUUGCGGCCGAAGGGUGCGGGCACGAACUUUGUGUGAGGUGUGCACUUUAUCUUUGCUCAACCAGUAACCUUCCUUCUGAAUUGGUUGGCCCACCUGGCUCCAUUCCAUGCCCUCUUUGUAGACAUGGGAUUGUUUCUUUUAAUAAGUUGCCUGGCUCACCGGUAAAAGAGAUUAAACUACAUUUGUCGCUUGGCCUCUGCACUCCAUGCAUGCUUCACCCCCGGGAUGCAGACCGUCAAUCACCGAUGAGCACGGCAGAAGUUCGGAAAAAUCGUGUGGCGUCUGUGUCUUCAGAGCUGUUCUGCCCGGUUACCUGUAGUCCCUUUCCUUCUGUUGCCAUUCCUUUGUGCACCUGCAAUGACGGACCAUGCCCAACAUUUGAAUCCCGAGUCGGUGAGGCACAAACCCUGGAUGAAUCUCCUCGAGGAACCCAGACGAGUUCAAUUGAUCAGGACAAGAUUGAGGGGCCGAGACUGGAGAAAACCAGUUGUUCGAGCAUGUUUUGGGGAAGAAGAAGCUGCAGCAGAGAGCAUCAGUGCAAUUCAGAAAUAAAUGCUUAAGAGGUCAGUUAGAAGUUUUGGUUAUCGGGUGCGGUGGUGCUUCAUCUUUUUUGUUUGAGCCAGGGUGACAUGAUCGUGGAUGGAUGUGGGUAAAAAAAAGAUUAGAUGACCAUUUUGAACAGAUACUACAUUGCCUUUAAAAGAACAUGAUCAAAAGAUAGGAUUGUAAAAUUUGUAUGUUGGGUGGAUAGAUUUGAUUGUAAUAUACUAAGUUCAAGAAACAAAAAAGAAGAAAGAAGAAGAAAAAGCGUUGAGCUUGUUUGCUGUCGGUAA